AUGAACAACGAUAGUGGGUACGAUCAAGCCGUAUCGCCGGGGGCAAUCCUGGAGGAUGAAGACAUCCAAGUGGCGUGUCCACCUCCCGACAAGCGAAUGGUGAAGAAGCGGAAGAGAUGCGACGGGGGAAUCGCGGCCCGCAUUGCCGAUCGAGUAGACGUAGUCGUCUGGUUUUGCCUUGCCUGUGGCCGGUGCGAGGCAUGGAAGGAGCAUUCUAGAUACAGUCCGUGGUCAGACACUUGGACGUCGUUUAGUGGAAGGAAACUAAAAGAGCCGGGGAGGGCGUUGGCCCGUCUUGGAUGCACAGAGGAGCGCGUGGAGGAUCUUCUCCGUAGAUCACGGUAUCCAUCGGAGAUGGUGCUUCACUUGCCUAAUAUAGACCUGACGAUGGCUUCAACCUUGAGUGACACGAAAAUGACCACCUUGGCUACCAAUAACAAGAUAACCCCCGGAGGGCACAUUACAACUAUGGAAAGCCACCUGCAGGGUUGCGAUUCAGUGAGUGCCGUGAGGCACGAAGCUGAAUUGUUCAAGGGCUACGAAGAACAGGAGGGAGCAUCGUAG